UAAUCCCUCCAAAUUCCUCCCUUUCGUCUCCACCAUUAUUCUCCUCUCCUUCUUCCAUUUCUCUCUUUCUAAAACACCCUUCUUCCUCACCACCUUCCUUCUUUCUUCCCAUGGUUUCGCUCUUUCUAUCAUGCCUUCCCCGCCUAACUUCUCCUUCUCUCUACUUAGGUGGAUUGGAUUGCUUUGCCAAAAGAAGGGUGAGAGUGAGAGCGGUGAUAAUAGCGGGCGGGGAGAAAACAACAACAGCAUCGUUGACGACAAUUCCGUACCGAACAACACCGUAGAAUGUUACGCCUGCACACAAGUCGGUGUUCCGGUCUUUCACUCCACCAGUUGCGACCAUGCUCACCAGCCCGAAUGGGUCGCAUCCGCCGGUUCAUAUCUUGUUCCUAUCCAAAGCCGAACCGGCCCCAAGAAAUGCCCCUCAACCCAAACCCACUCGCGGUUACCCACUGGACCCUUUGGAACCGUACUCGACCCGCGUAGUAAGCGCGUGCAGAAAUGGAACCGCGCGUUCCUUCUUGCUCGUGGAAUGGCUUUGGCCAUUGAUCCACUUUUCUUCUACUCGUUAUCAAUUGGGAGAGGCGGGGCCCCUUGCUUGUACAUGGAUGGUUGGUUAGCCGCAAUCGUCACCGUCCUUCGCACGUGUGUAGACGCUAUACAUUUGUGCCACCUGUGGUUGCAGUUCAGGUUGGCGUACGUGUCGAGAGAGUCAUUGGUUAUUGGGUGCGGGAAACUCGUGUGGGACGCACGUUCUAUCGCAUCACACUACGUGCGUUCUCUGAAAGGUUUCUGGUUCGAUGCUUUUGUCAUACUGCCAGUCCCUCAGGCUGUGUUCUGGUUAGUUCUUCCCAAAUUGAUUAGAGAAGAGCAAAUUAAGCUGAUAAUGACUAUACUUCUCAUAAUCUUCAUGUUUCAAUUCCUCCCUAAAGUCUAUCAUUGCAUAUACUUGAUGAGGAAAAUGCAAAAGGUCACAGGAUACAUCUUUGGUACAAUUUGGUGGGGUUUUGGCCUUAAUCUCAUUGCCUACUUCAUUGCUUCUCAUGUUGCUGGAGGAUGUUGGUAUGUUCUUGCUAUUCAACGUGCCGCUUCAUGCCUAAGGCAGCAGUGUGAUAGAAGACCAAAGUGUGAUCUCUCUUUGUCUUGCUCAGAGGAGAUAUGUUAUCAGUUUCUGGUAAACACAGACACAAUUGGGAAUCCAUGUGUUGGUAACUCUACCACUACAGUGAGAAAGCCUAUGUGCUUGGAUAUGUCUGGACCAUUCAACUAUGGAAUUUACAAGACAGCUCUUCCUGUCAUUUCUAGCAAUUCUUUGGCGGUCAAGAUUCUUUACCCUAUUUUCUGGGGCUUAAUGACCCUCAGUACCUUUGGGAAUGAUCUCGAUCCAACUAGUAACUGGCUAGAAGUGGUAUUCAGUAUAUGUAUUGUGCUUAGUGGUUUAAUGCUCUUUACUUUGUUGAUUGGGAAUAUUCAGGUGUUUCUGCAUGCUGUCAUGGCAAAGAAGAGGAAAAUGCAGCUAAGAUGUAGAGACAUGGAAUGGUGGAUGAGGCGGAGACAGUUACCGUCUCGAUUGAGGCAAAGAGUUCGCCAUUUCGAACGCCAAAGAUGGGCAGCCAUGGGAGGGGAAGACGAGUUGGAACUAGUCAAAGACUUACCUGAAGGACUCAGAAGAGAUAUCAAACGCUAUCUUUGCUUAGACCUUAUAAAAAAGGUUCCUUUGUUCCACAACUUGGAUGAUCUUAUUCUUGACAACAUAUGCGAUAGAGUUAGGCCUCUUGUAUUCUCUAAAGAUGAAAAGAUAAUAAGAGAAGGAGAUCCAGUACAAAGAAUGGUGUUCAUUGUUCGUGGUCGAAUAAAGAGAAGUCAAAGUCUUAGCAAAGGCAUGUUAGCAACAAGUGUGCUUGAACCAGGAGGCUUUCUAGGCGAUGAACUAUUAUCUUGGUGCCUUCGUCGCCCGUUCAUGGACCGGCUUCCAGCGUCGUCAGCUACAUUUGUUUGCAUAGAAUCAACAGAAGCAUUCGGCCUUGAUGCAAAUCAUCUUCGUUAUAUAACAGACCACUUCCGUUACAAAUUUGCCAACGAAAGGCUUAAGCGAACAGCUAGAUAUUACUCGUCGAAUUGGCGAACAUGGGCAGCAGUUAAUUUACAAUUUGCUUGGCGAAGGUAUAGGACUAGGACUAGAGGUCCUGUUAUUACUCCAACAGAUAAUGGAAGCUCUGACCGGAGGCUAUUGCAGUACGCUGCAAUGUUCAUGUCAAUUAGACCACAUGAUCACCUUGAGUAGAAUUAUGUUUAGCAUUCAUCUUCCGUUGUCUUCCAUUGUUUAAUAGAGUCAAUCUUGUUUGUUUAGGGAGAAAAAUUUCUCCAUAGCAAGCCAUGGAAUAAGUAGACUUUCUUUUUUGUAUAAUUAUUAUUAGCAUUAAGGGGAAAUAAGAUUUUUUUUUUUUUGUCA